GUUAGCACUUAAUCCUUUGAUUGUCAAAUCAUAUUAUAUUCAACAUACCAUACAUAUUGUCUUGAAUUUUACAAUACUAAAAAUUUUAAUUUUGGUUGGUAAACACUAUACAUUUGGAAGGUGAAACUUCCCUUAAGCGCGAUGUCCUUUAACCGUCCCAUAAAUAAAAAUCAAGAUAAGUUAAGUUUGGUGAUCGCGAAGGCCAUGGUAAACAGACUUCCUCUUCCCGCUGAUGAAACGCUGUAUUAAUAACAUAUGCUCUCGCACAAUAAUUGCAAAAUGUGCUGGGCAACAAUUCAACUGUAAAUACAAGUUUUGCUAUAUUUGCAGUGGACUUCCAACAACAACGAUUGGCCCCUCGCCUCGCACCAUGGACGUUGGUAUGGGUCAAGGCGGACCACUGAACGUCGAUUACCUGCUUCAACCUCAUCACCACUACCAUCAAAUACAACCACAUAAUCUACAGUACUCCGGCGACAGAACCUGCUCUAUGUCACAAGGCACGAGUGAUCAAUCAAGAGCUUUCGGUGACUGUGGCGGCGCCAGUUGGGAUGACUGCGAUGCCAACUCUCCAAUACAUUCACCCCGUUCACAAAACACAAGUAGAGAAGAGGAUGACAGCUCAAAUGCCAAUGAACACGACUCCAAGAGUAGUCAUCAGAGUGAAUUUUCAAAGAAGAGAAGAGGAAGCCAUGAAAAAAUGCAGCAUUCAAAGCUGCAAGUCGGAGCUGCGAAAUGUGACACCGUUGACAGUUGACAACAUCAGCACGAGUCGCUCCAGGUCCUGCGAUGUCUUUUCAAUGAGAGUAAGUCGAAUCAGAGAUGGAUGAAGCUUAGGACAACCGUCCAGAUAUCAUCAGCAAUAUCAGCAAAGAAACCUCCUUUAAAAAGAGAAGAUUCUUUUCUACAACGCUUUUCUACAAGAACUGAAGCUCAAAAAGCUGUCGAAGAUACUGGUAGCGAAUGUGGUACGUCAGGUAACCAUGGUGAUUCGCGUAGGAGAAGGAAAAGAAGAAGGUGGGAACAACCAAAAUCUGUUGUCAACCCAGAUUCAAAUUUUUACUUCUAUUGGUUAUUAAUUGUGACUUUGUGUGUGUUAUAUAAUUUGUGGACGUUGAUAGUACGUGAAAGUUUUCCUGAACUUCAGGAGAUUAUUUCAUCGUUCUGGUUAAGCUGUGAUUUGGCUAGCGACAUGGUAUUUGUAUUAGAUCUGGUCGUCCAGCUCCGGACAGGAUAUCUGGAGCAAGGCCUGAUGGUCUUCAAUUCCAAAAAGCUGGCCUACCAUUACCUAAAAUCUCGUGCCUUUUUGAUGGACCUGGCUGCGCUGUGCCCACUCGACAUGCUCCAGUUAAGAUUUGGUUGGCAUCCCUUACUUAGGUGCCCUAGGUUUUUAAAGGUUUAUCGUGCUGUUAGUUAUUAUUACAUGGUAGAGUCACGGACAGUGUGGCCAAACUUAUGGAGGGUCGUGAACCUCAUUCACAUUCUUUUGAUACUUGCUCACUGGUUUGGAUGUUUCUAUUUUUUAUUGUCGGAGGCGGAAAAUUUUCAAGGCGAUUGGGUGUACCCGUUCCGGCCUGGAGAAUACGCAACGUUAACGCGAAAAUAUCUAGGAUCUGUAUACUGGUCUACAUUGACAUUGACCACCAUUGGCGAUCUGCCAACGCCCGAGACAAAUGCUGAGGACAUAAAAUCGCAAGAUGGCCCCCGAUCCUUGUCACGUAAAGGAAUCAAAUCGCGGCUGUUGCAGUUCAACACCAAUUUCGGAUACGCUUUCACAAUUGUCAGUUAUUUGAUAGGUGUUUUUAUAUUCGCAACAAUAGUAGGACAAGUUGGAAAUGUGAUAACAAAUCGUAACGCAAACCGUCUUGAAUUCGAACGCCUUUUAGAUGGUGCUAAGACUUACAUGAGGCAUCAUAAGGUUCCUGGUGGUAUGAAGAGGAGAGUACUACGUUGGUACGACUACUCAUGGUCAAGAGGUAGGAUACAAGGUGGUGGUGAUAUAAAUACAGCCUUAGGUCUACUUCCCGAUAAACUGAAAACGGAACUUGCCUUACAUGUCAAUUUAAGUGUUUUGAAAAAAGUUACUAUUUUCCAAGAGUGCCAACCAGAGUUUCUGCGGGACUUGGUCUUGAAAAUGAAGGCAUAUAUCUUCACUCCAGGAGACUCUAUAUGCAGAAAAGGUGAAGUCGCCAGAGAAAUGUUCAUCAUUGCUGACGGGAUACUAGAGGUGUUAAGCGAGCAUGGCAAAGUACUAACAACGAUGAAGGCAGGAGACUUUUUCGGCGAAAUCGGGAUCCUUAACCUUGAUGGGCUUAACAAACGAACAGCUGACGUCCGUUCCGUAGGGUAUUCGGAACUAUUCUCACUAUCUCGGGAAGAUGUUUUGACCGCCAUGAAGGACUAUCCUGAAGCUCAAGAGAUCCUGCAUGCCUUGGGAAGGAAGAGAUUGAUGGAGGUGAAAGCAUCAGCGAGGCAUCCUCCACAUAAAACGCACCAUCACCAUAUGCAUCAUAUACAGGACGGGUUAGGACUUGUGGAUAGGAUCAGGAAUGAGGCCAAGGGUCUCCGAAAUGUACUGAAGAAAACAAAACAGAGUCGAAGAUCACAAGAGUCACCACAGCUUCAGCCUCGACAUACAACCAGUACAGGCCAACAAGAAAAAGCUACUUUCAGGGAGAUGUUAAGGAUAAAAUCGCAUGGAAAUAGUGACGAUCAUGUAAAUACAAAGGACGCGGGUGAAUCCACUCAACCAGUGACUUCACCUAUUGGAGCGGGACUUCCACUUCUACAGAGAUUAAAGCUGCUAAGAGAAAAACAAGAGAUGGAAGAACGAGUCAAGAGUAUAUCUCCUACAACUGUAUGUUCUGCGACUCCAGUCAGUAAUGAGGCUGCGCCAUCUAACACUACUGAAACCGCCACUGAUCUGCCGCUACUUCAACGUAUCCUUUUUUUGAAGGAAAAAAAUAAGGUUGGGGCAUCAGGGCCAUCCAGGAUGGAAGUGGGAGAAAGGACGAAGAGCAUCACCGGACAGCUAUUUAGUGGAGUUACGCUAAAAAAGGGUUCCGCUAGUAUACAAGAAUCAACGUCGUCAGCAAUAAAUGCAACGAAUUUAGGGAAGAGCUUUUCAAGGGAACGAAUUGAAGGUGGUACAAAUGAACAACGUGGGAAAGUAGAUGUCAAAGAGCAUUUAUCGGUGCUCAGCUCAAAAGUCGCUAUUCCUUCAAAAUUAGUUAAUAAAGUUCAUUUAAGAGAUCGACUAAAAGUAGCAAUCAGAGUGAAAGGAAAGGGGAGCUGCAGAAAAGACUCCCUGCCAAAAAUGACAGAACUGGCUACUACGCCCGCACAUUCCCCAGCCUCCAGUGGAGAUAAACAACUAAGCAGAUUGACCGUGGAGGGUAGUACAGAUAGCAGUUGCAUGGAGCCCCAUUGGUUGAAACUGAAGCGUGCGGCGGUGUCAAAGGAGGUGGAAGUGGUGACGACAUCUGAAGGGAGUAGUGUAGAGACUGCAACUACGAAAGUGAUCCACAAUGCAGAAGGGGUUGGUGGAAGCGAAGGACAUAUGCCCGACACCGAACCGCAUAUAGCUAAUAGAAAACCUAACUUGACGCUUACUCGAAAAACAACAAAAUAUUAUAGGUCUAUAGACGAUCUCUCUCCAGAAUAUGCUCCUCUUCCGUUUGUAAAGAAACUUAAAAUUCUCAACGAACGGCAAAAACUGGAGGAACUUGAAACCAAAAUAAAAAUACGCAAUUUCUCCUUAGACAUUCCAGAAAAUCAGAGCAGUGACAGUGACACAUUAACGAGGUCUCAUUCUGAAAGUUCGGCCAUACAUCAAAACAACAACUUGCCAACUACUCCUCUGUCAACUAGUCCGUUAGACUCGUCAUAUGACCCCAAUGAGACUAUAGAGAGAAAGAAUCUAAGGUCUAUACUGAAGAAACUUUCAGAACACGCCGAAGGGGAUAAGAAAGACACGGCGAGAGUUAGGCCAGAAAGGCUGAGUUCUGUCGAACUUAGAAAGCUGAUGCGCGCACCGACAAUAGAAGGGUACAAGGCGCGUCAUAGCAAACUUUCAAAAAGUGUCACUUUCAGCAGGGAGACACUGCACAGCCCCCCGAACGGCACCAACGGCGACACCCAGAGCUGCUCCCCCUUUGUAUGUCCUACUACCUGCACCACCCCUGAUCCUCCACCUACCAACAAUGUCAUCAGCGAGGGACGACUCAUCGCGACUCCUACCGAGAUUACACAGCCCCUACCCGAUAUUAAGGGGAACAACAAGCUCAACGGAUCGCUGGAGGAUGAGCAACAAUACUUCACUGAUAUUCUCUUUGCUAUUAAGCAAGUGAUGAGCUCACACCUCCAAGACAUCCAGAAUAAGUAUCAUCAGAAGUUUGAAAAGCUAGAGGAGGAAAUGCGACAUAAAGAUGAACUCAUCUCGACACUCAAAGCACAUAUCUUCGAAAUAGAAAGAACUAAUGAAAGUUCCUUAACUACAGGGUCACUAGAGACGGUUAUAGGCAACGAAAUUUACUCGUGGGAUGACCGGCCUUACGAAGAAGGAUCACACGAUCUACCGAAUCCAUUGCCAUCAUCCCUACCACAAAAUACUGUCGUACACAUCGACUCAACCACAGAGUCAGAGUCGGACGUCUGUGAAAUUUCCGACGUUGAAGAGCAGACAGACGAUUGUGAAUCAAGCAUCGAGUUUGACAACUCCGGAUCAAACUGGGAAAUAGAACUACUCGCGGCGCAGAUGAGGCAACGGAGGUCUGCGAGUCUUGACCUCGAGCGUCCCUUGAGGCAGAAGCUCACCAAAGUGUCGUCGGUUGAUCUGUACAAAUGAUACAGGGAGGAACGCUUCUACCAUAUCGUCACCUGCAUCACUUAGAACUACACCUAAUACUUAGUUCAGAUUAUAGACUAAUCAUUAAAAUGUUUGGAUAAUCAAAGUGCGACAUCGUACAUGGUGGUUGAAAGCAGAUAUACUCUUAAGAUGAUAUACCCAUCAUCUCAAUGAGCUGUUUAUAGACAAUAUAUCGAUUUAUUAAGUUUCCUUGGAGUUUAGUAUUCAGUGAAGACUAAAAAUCAUUAAUUGCAGAUAUUAAAGACAUUUUUUGGUGUUAUAGUUCACUAACUAGAAGUAUUCCCAUCUGCCACGAAAAUGGAUAUUUCUGUCCAGUAAUCACCGACAGGAUGAGGCAAGUUAGUGUUAAAUGCUGGCGUAAAGCCCAGCUCUGCAUGAUGCGAUACGUAACAGUUAUUUUUUAAUGAUAACUUCAAAUCAACAUGACUAUAGGGCCAGAACACUAGUCGCAGAUUUGAUAAAUGCGUUUAAUUAAAUACUCGGUCCUAUGUAAAAAAGUGAUAGAAGUAAAUUUGUAGAUAACUGAACUAUAUAUCUUUCGAUCUUGUUUCAUAUUACCG